UUAAAAGAGCCCUCUCCGGCUGUUCGUCCUCGGUGAUCGCAUCCGCUGCUCGUCUUCACAAGCUCUCCUGAACCCACAACCAAGCCUUCUACCAGUAAAAAUGGAGCGUACCUUCAUUGCUGUGAAGCCCGAUGGCGUCCAGAGAGGACUGUGCGGCGAGAUCAUCAAGCGUUUCGAGCAAAGAGGCUUCAAAAUGGUGGCUGCCAAAUUCAUUCAGGCCUCUGAGGACUUCAUGAAGCAGCACUACCUGGACCUGAAGGACAUGCCUUUCUAUGGUGGACUUUGCAAGUACAUGUCCUCCGGACCCGUCCUUGCCAUGGUGUGGGAGGGUCAGAGCAUUGUGAAGCUGGUCAGGAUGAUGCUGGGUGAGACCAACCCUGCUGACUCCAAGCCUGGCAGCAUCCGUGGAGACCUGUGCAUUAACAUCGGCAGGAACAUCAUCCACGGCAGCGACACCCUGGAGAAUGCCAAGCGUGAGGUCGACCUGUGGUUCAAGGCUGAGGAGUUCGUCAACUGGACCCCCUGCUCCCAGGCCUUCCUGUAUGAGUAAACUGGCCAAUCAUCAUCCAGUAAACUACACCCAACUGGACCCCACUUAACCCACUGAUCCCACUUCUGUCCUUCCUGCAGUCGAUCCUCUAACUUGGUCUUCACAACUCAUCAAUUCAAAACAUGUAGGACUUAUCAAUAAAGUCUCAUGUUAACAAGUA